AUGGAAGCAGGGGAUAAUUGCCGUGCUGGGGUUGGGGUCAGAAGGGAUAAGUACGGUGUGGGGCUAUUCCGUAUACAUUGUUUUUUUUGUAACAUACCCUUUAAGCGAGCCUUUUGGGUUGUUUUUACAAAAGGUAACGAAGUAAGCGCUUUUGCUUUAAAAAGGAAUAAAGCAAACGCUUUUACUUUAUACGAAUUUUUAAAAAAAAUUAAGCUUCUGCUUUUAAAGUAA